AUGCUGUGCAACUGUUUGUUUCGGGCCCUCGGUGACCAGCUUGAGGGGCACUCACGCAACCAUCUCCGACAUCGCCAGGAAACGGUGGAUUACAUGAUAAAGCAGCGGGAGGAUUUUGAACCUUUUGUGGAGGAUGAUGUGCCCUUUGAGAAACACGUUACCAAUUUGGCAAAGCCUGGUACCUUUGCUGGCAACGAUGCUAUUGUGGCCUUUGCAAGGAACAAUCAAAUGAAUGUGGUUAUUCAUCAGCUUAAUGCUCCGCUGUGGCAGAUUCGGGGCACAGACAAAAACAAUGUGAGGGAACUGCAUAUCGCGUAUCGUUACGGAGAGCACUACGACAGCGUGAGGAGAAUCGAUGAUGAUUCUGAAGCUCCAGCAUAUCUGCAGAUGGAGAUGCUUUGCAAAAAUGAUUCGAAUAAGGAUGAGGAAGUGAAGCGACAGAAGGGUGACUCUGAAGGUGAAAUUGAAGUCGAAAUGGAAGAUGCUGUACAAAAAGUGUGUAAUGCAACUGGAUGUUCAGACAUCGACUUAGUAAGCCGUAUUCUGGAAGUGGAAGACUACAAUAUAGAAUCUGCGAUAUUUUCUGUCUUCCAAGUGAAUGAAGUGGAGAGAAUCGGUGCUGAGGAGCAGCGUGAUCCCCACAGCAAAGAACAGAAAUCGUGUAGUAGAAUUCUAUGGGAAGAAAACGGAAGUGGUUCAGCAAUCUUUGGAAAUCGGAGCUUGCAAGGUGAAACAGAAAACAAGAAAGGACAGGCUGGAUCCGAUGAAGAGAAUCGAGCUAGCAGAAACCCAAAGGUAUCUAAAAAGCAAAAGAAGGAACAGCAGCGGCUAGAGAAGAAGAAGCGGCAGGAGGAAAGGCACCGACAAAAGGUCCUGGCCAACAAGAAUAACUGUGCAGAUAGCAGCAGGAGAGAGACGGACUCAAACAACCACGUCACCUUGGUGAAGGCCAUGGCAGCUCUAAACAUAUGA